UGCCGCUGAGGUUGGUGUGUGCUCUGUGUAUUGGUCUCUGACGUCUAUGACUCAUUUGCGUUAAAAUUAGUGAUUACGUUACUAAUAUGCCACAGACCGAAGAGAGCGAAGAGAGUGGGUGUGCUGUAAGAGGUAGUCUACUACGGCCUAAUUACAAGUGUUGGGUGUGGUAGUGUGGACAGGUGUCUUAUUCGUGCUUUUUGAUGAAUUUUGUAGGUUGAUUUACGUACCAAAAAUGACAGGAGCCAGUAAGGAAAAAACUGAAUCAAUCGUUCGAAAGAAAAUCGGCGGAACAAGUAUCUUAAGUGUGUUAUAUAGUUUUGCAAAAAAGAUCAGCACAGUUGCAAUCGUGUAUUUGAUAGGGUAUUUUGAAUUCAGUGCUGCAUGGUUAAUUGGUCCAGUGGUUUUGUCUGUAAUCCGAGAGGAGUGGAAGAAAGAGAAUGAAUUGAGAAGGAAUGUUGCCAAAGCAGCAGCUUUGUGCAAUGAAAAAGAAGUCAUACUAGCUCGAGUUGACGAUUUGCCUUCAUGGGUGUUCUUCCCAGAUGUAGAAAGAGUUGAGUGGCUUAAUAGGAUUUUGCGUCAGGUGUGGCCAAAUGUGAAUCAUUAUGCCAAGACAUUAAUCAAAGAUGUAAUUGAACCUAAUGUGCGCACCAGCCUGGAAGCAUACAAACUGAAUGGAUUCCGUUUUGAAAGAAUGAAUCUUGGCAGUAUUCCCCUGAGAAUUGGAGGAAUCAAAGUAUAUGAUCGCAAUGUAUUACGUAGUGAGAUAAUUAUGGACAUGGAUAUCUUCUAUGCUGGUGAUUGUGAUAUAUCAUUCACUGUUGGAGGCAUUAAGGGAGGCAUCAAAGAUUUCCAGAUCCAUGGUAUGAUGCGAGUGGUAAUGAAGCCACUUAUCACAUCAAUGCCAUUGGUAGGAGGCCUUCAAGUGUAUUUCCUCAAUAAUCCAACCAUUGACUUCAAUUUGGUUGGUAUGGCAGAUCUUUUGGAUAUGCCUGGUCUGAGUGACAUUCUACGCCGUGUCAUUGUGGAACAAGUGGCUAGUAUGAUGGUGCUGCCCAAUAAAUUGCCCAUUAGAUUAAGUGAUGAUGUUCCUGCAACAGUUCUUAAGAUGCCAGAACCAGAGGGUGUGUUGCGUGUACAUGUUGUGGAAGCAAAGCAGCUGAUGAAGAUGGACAUUGGUGUUCUGGGCAAGGGCAAAUCUGAUCCAUAUGUCAUCAUCACAGUAGGAGCCCAGGAGUUCCGCUCUCAGACAAUUAACAAUACUGUGAAUCCAAAGUGGGACUUCUGGUGUGAGAGCAUCGUGUAUGAGUCGCAAGGCCAGGCGUUGGAGGUGCAUCUGUACGACGCAGAUGAUUUGUCCAAGAAAGAUGAGAGACUAGGCAGAGCAACUGUGGAUGUGAGUAGUGCAGCCAAGAAUGGACAAGUUGAUUUGUGGAUGACUUUGGAAGGCGUUAAAAGUGGUAUGGUCCAUUUACGUAUGACUUGGCUAACAUUGAGCUCAUCUCUUAUGGACCUUAAAGCAGCAAUAGCAGAGAGACAGCUGUUACAUCUUACUUCUAUGAGCACAGGAUUGCUUAUGGUGUUCAUAGAUUCAGCAAAAAAUUUGCCAAAUGCCCGCCCAUUGAAGAAACCUAAUCCAUAUGCUCAGUUGUCUCUAGGAAAGCAGCAAGAGAUAACUAACGUUCAGUUGAAGACUGGGGAUCCUGUGUGGGAGCAGGGCUUCACAUUCCUGGUGAACGACCCAGACUCAGACACUUUGCAUGUAAAGGUAAUUGACCAGAAGACUACGCAGGAAAUUGGCUACUUUGUAUACAACCUAAUAUCCCUUGUUGACAAACUGGAUUUACAGGUGGAUAGCCAGCCUUAUCGUCUUACAAAAUCUGGGCCAGACAGUAAGAUUAAUCUCUCUCUCAAAAUGAGGAUACUGAAAUAUGAAGGACCAAAAGAAGAUGUGAAAGAGGAGGAGAAUGAAGAAGGGGACAGUCAAAUGGAACUACAGCAACAGUCACCACUUGAACGAGGAGAUUCAGUCAAGAAGCCUGAUUCAUCCAUAAGUACAGCACCUUCAGAACCAAGUACUCCUGUGAGAAUUUCAAAGCAGGAAUCAAAGGACUCAAUACAGAGUGGCUCAUCCAGUUCAUUUCAGCAGCCAGUUGAAGAUUUGAUUACAUUGUCUGAGGCACCUUCUGUUGUAGAAGGUCCUCCAAGUGGAGAUCUCCGCAAUCGUGCUCNAAAUAUUAAUGAUAAUGGAACAACUGUUACUUUUAGCAGUAAUAGAAUAUAUACAACACUGCUUUGGAAACUAGGAAGAAUACAUUUAAACAGGAGUGCAAAUGACAUCCCCACUGUACUUGGUAAUUUUCUUCUUAAAUUUAAAAAGAAUGUACAUGUGCAUACACCCACACACACAAUACAGAGAGAGAGAACGUUAGAUAAGUUACAUUUUGAUGUGUUUUGUUUUUGUAGGUCAUCGGGUGAAGCAGGAUUGGGUCGCAUCCAGUUAACAAUACGCUACAGCAUUCAGCGCCAGAGGCUUGUUGUGGUAGUGCACAAAGUUGCUAACCUGCCUUUGAGAGACCCAACAAAUAUACCAGAUCCCUAUGUGAAGUUAUAUCUGCUACCUGAAAGGGCAAAGGACUCUAAGCGGAAAACGGAGACAAUGAAGGACAACUGUAAUCCAGUAUAUGAUGAAACAUUUGACUAUAUUCUGUCACAAGGAGAACUGAACUCUCGACAACUGGAAGUGUCUGUCUGCACUCAUAAAGGAUGGUUCUCAUCCCAGAGUCCUGUCAUGGGUCAGGUGAUUGUGAAGCUGGGAGAACAGGACCUGACAAAGGCUAUUACAUGCUGGUAUGACUUGCAGCCUGAGAGCCCCAAGGAUGACUAAACGAUAAUGGUUUGUCUUGUGGUUGGACACUGUGUUAAGUGUGUUCUUUGCAUUUUAUUCUUUUGCAAUUUUUGCUAGUAUCUCUCAUGUUUGUACUCAGUACACUUUGAUAGCUACAAGUACAGACCUGCUUAUGAACGAAAAUAAAAUAUUCAGGUAUUUGCAUGAAAAGUGCACGCUUUUAACUUCAGUACUUUCCAGAGGUGUAGCUUAAAAAAAUCUGAAGGUGGCAAAAGCUUAGAUAUAAUGAAUUUAUGUUACAUCUUCGACUGCACAGUCUGCAUCUUUUAUAAUUGAGAUUAACCAGAGAGUAAUAUCAGAGUGGUUCUGAAGACUAUAAUAUUAUGGUACUCAAGUAUGUUAAAUAGAAUUCUAGAUAUUUCUGAUGAUAAAUAAUUUAGAUCUAUAUACUGUGCAUUGUAAGGAAAAAGUUCUAUUUAAAAGUUACUAAAGUAAAUAAUGUAUAAUUUUGCAUUUUUUGCACUGUAGCUUAGCUUUUAUAUUCUUAGAACAUUAGUUAUGAAACUCUGUAUGGGUAGAAUUUCAGGGAUUUUGUGUGUAAAGGGUGGCCUUACUUCAAGAAAAAAAAAAGUUAUUCUCCAUUGUUGUGGAAGAUUGCAUUUAAUUUGUGAUAUAAAUAACAUUUUUUGGGGGGAAUAUUUUUGUGUAUGAGGUCAAAUUAAAAAGUGAAGGCAAUUAAUUUAUAAAACUCUUGACCAUGUCAAAAUGUUCUCCCAGAGUUAUGAAAUCAAUUCUGUAUUCAUACAAGUUUAAAUAUGACUCUGGUUGUCAGCAUGUUUAGUGUGUUUCCUACAGUUUGAGUGUAAACAUGAUUGUUUUUGGUGUGAACCACUGAUGACCAACAUACUGUGACUCAGCUUUGUUCAAAUAGUUUGAAAACUUAAAUCUGAGCUCUGCCAUUGUGCACUGUAUAGUAUGGACCUUGCCCCAUAUGACUGUCACGUUGUUUGUACUGCUGAAAUGUAUUACAUGGAUGCUGGUUUUCAGAGCCUAUAAGAGCUGCUGUAUACUAGGCUUCUGGAACAUAUGAAAAUGUUCUCAGAUGCUGUCAGCAAGUGGUGGACUAAUGAAACAAGUCUUUGGAGAAGCAGGGGGAUUAUAUUGAAAAAUGGCAAUAACCUGUUUGUCUUUUGGUCUUUUGUGGGAUUUAGUAAAGGAGUAAGAACAUAUUGCAUUAGUUUUUUUUUUUUAAUUUUAAUUGUAUUUAAUAACUGGAAGAGUGCAGUUUUUCUUAGGAGGGGAGAGGAUUAGUUCUGUUGCUUUUCCUUCUUUUCCCUCAACCUGAAAGCGCUUCAGUCUGAGAUCAUUUUUGCUGUAGAUCUUUACAAAGUUCAGGAGGACUUGGGGUUUUGUCCAACAUCAGAGUAUGAAGGAAACAACUUUUGAAGAAUUCAGACGGAUUUCAAAUUCAACUGGUAGUAGCAGUCUUAUCCAAUGACUUAACAUUUGUUGGUCUGGUGAAUCUGAAACUGCUAUGCAGAACAUGUCCCUCACAUUCAGCAAAAGCUAUUGCUUAUUCUUGUAACAUAAUUAAUUAACUUAUUUUUUACUGUAAGCAGUUUGAAAGUGACUGGCCUGUGAACAGAGGACAUUAAAUAUAGAUAGCAGUAGAACAUCACAUACAUGUGAUGGUUAGAUUGUGUUAUGCACUCUUCCAGGAUUUAAACUAUAUGCCAUGACAGUAGAUUUUGAAAUUUACAAAAUUCAUGAAUUAUAUACUGAAAUUCUACCAUUAAUUCUAUUUUAUAGUUGUAUCAUUGCAUAACUCAGCUGCUGCAGGAUUAUAUUCUGAUAGUGCGCAUAUGUGGCGCUUUGAUAGGCUUAUUCUGACUAGCUUUUCUGUUAAAUAAUGUUACCUCCCUUUCCAGCCUGAAAAUGAAAAUUUGGCUUCAUUUUACAUUAUAGCAUAGUGUGUUAUGUUAAAUGUAUGAGGAAUAUUGAUUUUUAAAAUAAUCUUUGAUCAUUUUAAGUGGAUUCUUUAAUAUGCACAUCAAAACAAAUUAUUUAUUCCUAACAGAACUGUAGUUUUAUGACACCCAUCCGUGUAUUUUUUUCAGCAAAUUUUAUUAUAUGUAAUAUGUUGAAGAAUAAUGGCUGUUGGAGUAUUAAUGUAAACAGAGUUACAGCAAGUUUAUGAACUUCUUUACAGUGGUGAAAUUACAUUUAUGAAUUUGAUUACAAGCUUGUCAACAUAAUAUCUAUUUCUGUUUAUACUUAACCAUAUACAACGCUAAAAAGAUAAUCUUGUAUAGGAGGGACAUGAUUGUUAAAUGUCUGUAAUAAUUAUGACUGAUUGUUUUGGUUUUCACGCAGUAAUUUAAUAUUUUGUUUAAUAUACAACACAAUUAUUGACUGGAAUAGGAAUGGACAGUUUGCCUAAUUACAGUGAGAUCAAAAUUUUGCUAUAUAUUCUGUGCUAUUAUAUUUUGAACAUUUAAAUAACAUUUUAGUAGGACAUGAAUAUACAAUAUAUUGAAGCCUGAUAUGUCAGUAUCGUGGGCCAAAGUAUUUCAUGGAUUUGUCGUUUUAAGUGUUAUUGAACACUUCUAAUGUUCUGAUAGACACUUGUCAGUCAUUUGAAAUAGGUUGAAAACAUAAAAACAACACACACAAUAAUGUUGUCCAUUUCGGGGUCUUCAGUAUUUAAUACUGAAAAUCAUGAAAUGGAGAGCCAUUAAUGCAAAAACGAAUAUAAAUUGCUUUGAAAUAAGGUAGCAUUCUACAUUGAUAAUGUGAAGCUUAAGACUGUGUUGUACUUUGUAAUUUAUUUUGCAUUUAAUAUGUGAUUAGAGAUUGUUUUGUACAUACAUUUUAAUCAUUAUAGGAGCAGGUUAUGUAUAUGGUCCUAAAAUUUGGUGACAGUGUCGUGUAGUAUCAUUGGGUAUUUUCUUUGGGCAUUACCAGUUGUCCGUGUUUUAAAGUUUAAAAUUCAGAGAACUAUGAUGUUUUUGAAAUUGGCUGUUUCUCUUUUCAUGUAAAACGGAUGAUUGAAAGAUGAUAUGCAUACUCUUAAAACUAUAAUAUUUACAAUUAGAUUUUAAAACGCUGACAGUUUAUGAUAUCCAAAGAGUAUGCCCUAUCAAGUUACAGUACAAAGACAAUAUUAUGAGAAUUUAUGAAAUUAGUAAAAAUGCUCAUUCAAAUGGAUGCAAUGCGAACAAAAUUUAUUGUCUUAGAGGAGAUGGAAUAUUUAUUAGUGUAAAUUACAGCACACAUCUUCUGAUUGACACUUCAGUGUGCCUGAAAGAGAAAUAUGUGAAGUAAUAAAAAUCAAAGAAAUGUUACGCAUUACACCACAGUGACACAAGGACACAUCUAAUUCUCAUCUUAUGCAAUAGAGUUCAUAUUUCAUAAAUUUAAAAAGGGCUGAAAGAGUCACUUCUGUCAGAAAUAUUGAAGUUAAAGUGUCUGUCUUUAAAUGUGCCUAUGUUUUCAGUUUUGAAGUUUUUUAAUGGGCUUUACAUAUCUGUGAUUUUUUCUUGUAAGUUUUGAAUAUGCAUUGUUUGUAAAAAGUGUUUAUAAUUUGCAGUUAUUUGCCAGUAACAUAAAUAUUAAAAUAUGUAAAUUUGUAAUUCCUAUUCAUGACAAGAAUUUAGAUCUAAAGCAUACAUCUUAACAAAAUAUUUCUCUGAAUAUGUUGUUUUAUUAGUGAGUAAUGUAGUUAUUCUGUCAAAAAUCUGUUAUUCAUGCUCUUCACCCCUGGCCACAUAAAAUCUUCCUCUUCCAGCUUCAGCUUCCAGUCUCAGUCUUGAGCAACCAAUAUCUCUUAUUCCCCUUGGUGUAGAUGGAAGGCUUGUUUUUGUAUUCGCAUAUUAUCCAUAUGCAGAUGUUCUAGCUGCCAGACUGUGGACUUAUACAUGCAUUUCAGGCCCACAUAUUUUCAGAAGUUUGUGCUUUGUAGUGAUUAAUGGGCAGUUUUUCAUGACAGAAUGUCCAGCAUUGUUGGUUAUAAUUUUAUAAAAGGAUAUAAUGUAGCAUGACUGUGAUGUUCACAAACUAAAAUAGACCUAAAUAGAAUUCUACAGCAAGAUCAGAGUGCAAAUUAACCUCAUGUUUGCUCUUAUUGUUUCUUUCACUAUUAUAAAUUGAAGUGUUCUGCUGUGUAGAUGGCAGUGUUGCCUGUAAAUUCAACAGUUUUACUUGAUAUAUGGAGUUCAUAAUAGUAGUUUCUUAGAGCAAAUUUCCACACUGAAUAAUAGUAAAAAAAUUAUGUCUUAGGUAUGUGUGAAACUGAAAGGUAAGGAGGAGAUAUAUAUAUAUUUAUAAUAUAGGGAUGAAAUACAGGCAUUGCUUUUGGUGUCCUAAUUCUGACUACCUGAUGCAUAUUAGCUAACAUUCUCAUAACAGCCAACUGUUAUUUGUCUUCUCAAGCAUUGUAAGUUCCAUUUCUUAUUAUUUAUCCCAGAUUUGAAGAUAUUUUUGUAAAAUAAUUACUAAACGGCUAUAUCAUCAUAACAUUUCUUGUGUGAUCGCAUGAUCCAUGAUUGUGUCUGUCCAAAUAUAUGUUAACAAUGUGCUGUAUUUUGCAGUAAAGUUUAUUUGACGUGAA